AGGGACGUGUGACGGGGACGCGCUUUGCUUUGAACAUGAACUGGGAGUGAACUCGGACCACCGCCUCACUGGAACUCGGAUCACAGGACUAAACACACCGGGUUUCGGUCCCAACCUGCAGCGGAUUCCUGCCAGUUUGGACCCUUCCAGCUGCGACUUUAUUGGCUUUAUUUUUCUGCACAUCGGGAUAAACAUUUACCGCAAACUUGCUCUUCUUUGGAAGACUUAAAAGUAAUUGUUUCCUGCACCAAAGUGAGCCCCGCUUGUGUGCGCUGAAUGAACCUGUGCGUAAAAGCGCGUGCAGCAAAGCGCCUCGCUCUCGAUCUGAAGACUGAGGUUUGGUCACUUCUCAUAACAUACGUGCUUCCUGCAGAGGAUGACAGUCAGAUGAGCGCAGAGCUGCUGUUCAGGUGGGUUUAACCCUCCGCUGCUGGAUGAGAUGCCACCAUGUCCUUUACGCACCGACUCGCUCUGCGCCUUCUCAUCUUCACCUUCAUCCUAACGGUUAAUGGAAUGUUUUCUCCCUGCCAGUUCUACUGGGAGAUGCAGAAAGCAAAGAGUGACUGUCAGACAGAGCUGCAGCCGAACAAUUCCACUCAUGCAGGAUGUCACGGCGAGUGGGACAACGUUUCAUGUUGGCCGAGCGCCGCGGUCGGCGAUGUGCUGACCUUACACUGUCCCACCCCCUUCCUGCUGCUUUUUCACAAGAACGGCAAUCUCAGCAGGAACUGUACAGAGAGUGGCUGGUCCACCGUCUAUCCCGACUACAUCAUCACCUGCACGAGCACCUUAGAGACCCCAGAGACAACCAAAAGGCUGGUCUUCUACAAGGCGGUGCAGAUUCUGUCCAAUCUGGGCCACAGCCUGUCAAUCAUCACUCUGCUAACCAGCACCAUCAUCAUCUGUUUGUUCAGGAGACUCCACUGCAUGAGGAACUACAUCCAUCUGAACUUGUUCGUGUCGUUCAUCCUGCGCGCCGUCGCAGUGCUCGUCAAAGACACCCUGCUCUUCUCGUAUGGUGAAACCACAGACUGCAGCCAACAGCCCUCGCUGGUGGGCUGUAAGGCCAGCCUGAUCUUCUUCCAGUACUUCAUCUUAGCUAACUUCUUCUGGCUGCUGGUUGAAGGUCUUUACCUUCACACGCUGCUGCUCGUCCUCCCCACCUACUCCUUCCGCCUCUCCAUCUACAUGCUCAUCGGCUGGGGAAUCCCUCUUGUGUUCAUCGUGGCAUGGAUCAUUUGUAGGAUAUACAUGGAGGACAUGGGGUGUUGGGAGAUGAACAACACCCCCAUACCAAACAGAGUGAUCAACUGGCCCAUCAUGGCAUCUAUCAUUAUCAAUUUCAUCCUGUUCAUCAGCAUCAUCCGCAUCCUGGUGCAGAAACUGCGCAGCUGUGAUGUGGGCGGAAACGAUCAAUGCCAAUACAAGCGCCUGGCUAAGUCCACACUUCUGCUGAUCCCUCUGUUUGGGGUGUAUUACGUGGUGUUUUUCUACCUGAUGGAACCGGAAAAUGAAAACGUGAAGCAAGUGAAGAUCUUCUUCGAUCUCGGCCUCGGAUCAUUCCAGGGUCUAAUUGUAGCGGUUCUCUACUGUUUCCUCAACAGUGAGGUUCAGAGUGAGCUGAGGAGGACAUGGAAGUGUUUUUCUGUAAAGCGCUGCGUGGGACAGGACUUCAGGCUCCACAGCGUGAACCAAAAUGAUGGGCUACUGCAGCAGAAGAAGACCAUACCCGAUGGCUCUCCUGUCAGCUAA